CCAUUAUUGAUAAAAAAAAUUUAAAAAAAUGUGAGUUUCAUUUCUUUUUUAUUUAAACAAACGGUGUGUCACCAAGUUUCGACGGUAUGUCUUCUGAACUGGAAAUAGUUUCACAACAACUUGUAGCAGCAGUUGAAGCUGUAAUGAAUCCGAUAUCACCACAGGAUGUAAGAUUGGAAGCUCACAAGUUUAUAGAGGAGUUCAAGGACACAUCCCCACAUUGUGCACCAUGCAGUCUGUUGCUGGCAGACAAGUCUAGGGCACCUGUUAUACGUCAUAUUGGUCUGCAGCUCUUGGAGCAUUGCAUAAAGUUCAAGUGGAACAGCCUUAGCAAUGAAGAUAAAUUAGCUAUUAAAGAUAAUGCCAUGCAGCUUAUAGCAACAGGCACCCACAAUAUUCUCGUAGAAGAGGCACAUAUCAAAGAUGUGUUGUCACGCAUCAUGGUAGAGAUGAUCAAGAGAGAAUGGCCCCAACAAUGGCCUACCUUACUACAAGAGCUUGACAAACUCUCACAGAUGGGGGACACACAAAAAGAGCUAGUUCUUUUGGUUUUGUUACGGCUUGCGGAAGAUGUUGUGACGUUUCAGAAUCUACAGGGACAACGGAGGCGUGAAAUUCAUCAAACUUUAACAUCUUCUAUGCAAGAAUUUUACACAUUUUUCAUUGGGAUUUUACAAAGCAGUGUAAAAAGCUACAUGGAUUUGAAAUCAAAUGGUGGAGCAACUGAAGAAUGGAAGAGUCACUGUAAGGUUGGUCACGCUGCAUUGAAUACUCUAACAGGGUAUGUGGAGUGGAUCAGUAUGACCUACAUUAUGGAGAAUGGUGGUCUAUUAUUACAAUUGCUCUGUCUCUUACUAAAUGAUGAGUUUCUGCACCUCCCAGCAGCUGAGUGCCUACUGCUUAUUGUUAGUAGAAAGGGCAAGGUUGAGGAGAGGCAGCCCUUGUUGAUUCUGUUCAGUGAAGAUGCAAUGGAAACUAUCCUUAAAGCUGUGACGAAUGCAGCUUCACGACCACUUAAUGAACAUUUCUAUCUGUUUCUGAAGCGACUAUGUCAAGUUCUCACUUCACUAGGGAUGCAGCUUUGUGCAUUAUGGGGCAAAGAAAAUACAGAGCAGCCAGUGUGUUUUGCCAAGUUCCUUGAGUCCAUGUUGAAAUUCUCUCAGCAUGACAGUCAGAUGUUGGGGAGCUAUACUUACCCUAUGUGGCUGUCAUUCUUGCGUCAUGAGCAGAUGAAGAUGGACCCAUUGUUCCUCUCUUACAUUCCAAGGCUCGUUCAAACAUGUAGUCAAGAUCUGCGCAAGAUUGGCUAUCCCAGUCUGGAGAACUCCCCUAGAUGUGCCUACUCAAGACUGGACUUUGAUUCUGAUGAGGACUUCAAUUCAUUCUUUUCACGUUGCAGAGCAGAAAUAGCGGAGGUUGUUCGUGCAGCAACCAUGCUGAUGCCCGGUGAUACAUUUAAUUAUGGUGCUAAAAUGUUGCAAGAAUUGCUCACCAGUCAACAACUGGAUGUGGGAGAAGGAUCAGAAUCAGGCCACUGCAACUUGAAGUCACCUUCUUACAUACAGUGGGAUGCAGUUUCUAUUUACUUGGAGAGUGUUAUGUCAAGACUCAUGCAGACUGAAGGGCAACCUCCAGUGCAGGUCGGAAUUAACCUUCUUCAGGCCACUUUGCAGUAUCAGACAGAGGAUCCAUUGAUAUUAUCAUGUUUACUGUCAUGUGUUUCUGCACUAUUUGCUUACAUCAAAGAGGCCCCCACAGUCCUUCCUCAAGUCCUUGAUAAGAUAUUCCAUGCUGCAGUUUUCAAUAUUGGGAGUCAGACAAAGGCUACCAGGAGUCGUGGUGUAAAGAAUGUGCGACGUCACGCCUGCUCCAUUUUGGUGAAGAUAUGUAAAGGAUACCCCCAUCUAUUACUUCCUGCCUUUGAGCAGCUCUAUGCACAUGUGAAGAAGAUCAGUAGUGAUCCAGAGCAACUAUCUCAGAUGGAAAAGUGUACACUGAUGGAAGCCAUGAUUCUCAUCAGCAAUGAAAUAAAGAGCUUUACAAAGCAGAGUGCAUUCAUAGCUGAGAUACUCACACCAGUUAGAGAGAUGUGGCUUUCUGAUGUACUGACACAUGCAUUUAGUUCCCCAGAGAAAUUCAUGACAUAUAUAGGACUUGACCAGGCCCCUGUGGAACCAAGCUCAGCUGACAUAUGUGGCAUAAACCGAUCUCAAAUAAGCUACUGUGUCAACACUAUACUGGCAGUGUUGAAACGGAGCAAAGGCCCAGUUGAUAUGGAGACUGCUGUUCAGGGUGGAUUUGUGAGCCAACCAGUGGCAGAUGGUCCACAAUUUAUGAACAACCCAGUGACACCCCAUAUAAAGCAAUUCCUACAGAACCUCUUCGCUUUACUCAAAAUCCAGAACUGUCUAUGGGCACCCGCGUACCUGGCAAAGAGACAUCCAGAAUUCUCCAGAGCAUUUGAGCUACAAGAUUUUGAAAAACAAGCCAUUCUGGGUAUUCAGCCACCAUGCGUUGACAACACUGAAAUGGCAAACUGUAAGAACCCACUGGAAAGAAUGCAGAACUUCAUUGUUAACACACAUGAUAAUUGUUACCAUGUGCUAGGAAAUGCAGGUCAGUGCCUUGGUUACCAGUUCUACAUGACGCCAGAAUUGGUUCCCAUGCUCCUUGCCAGUGUCUUCACCAACCUUGACCAUAUACCGGAUUAUAGACUCAGACCAAUCAUACGUCAAUUUAUGAAGCCAUACAUCUAUCAUUGUCCUGCUGUGUGUCACAGGAAUGCAGUUAUGCCCUUGCUGUCCGUCAUCUGCCCUUACAUGCUACAAAGACUUAAUGAUAGGUGGGCAGUCAUGUCAGACCAAAUGGAGCGUGGGGUAUUGGAAGAUGCAAACCCAGAAUCAAAGGAGGUCUUGGAUGACAUGUUGACGAGACAGCUUACUAGGGAAUACAUUGAUCUGAUUGCUACAAUCUGCCACAGUAGAAGGAAAGAUGCCAGUUCUGAUGAUAACACAAUGGAAAGUAGUGAGACGUUGGUAGAAUCUCAGCCAUCUCAACAUGGCACUGGUACACAGAAAGAUGAUUCCCUCAGUGAGCUGGGCCAACUUGCAUUGCAAGAUGAGGCAAUAUGCAGUUCAAUGGUGCUAUGUGCAUUCAAUGCCCUCAAUUGGAAUGACACAACAACUUGCAAUAGAAGCAUCAACAUAUGCUGGCCAAUAUUAAAACAGCUAGUUCAUAACCAACAGGUCUCGAGUGAAGCAGCUUGUCGUUUGUUUGCCAUGAUUCUGAUUGGAUUACAGACCCAUGGACAACAUGAGGGAAACCAAGCAACAUUGAUUGCUUUAGGCUUACAGGCUUAUGAACUUUUGUUGCCAGUUUUCCCUGGAGUGUCAGAAGUGUUGUUAAAAGUCCCAAAUACAACAGACGCAAAGAUUAAGGACUUCAACAAUAAGCUUACAAAUGUAACCCCACAAAAACCAGUGAAUGAAAAGAGGAAAAAGGAUGCAUUUAGGAAACUAGUGGACAAUAUAAUAGGCAAAAAUAUCGGUCAGCAAUUUAAACAUGAUGUGUGUAUAAGAAACUUGCCACCAUUACUGAGAAAGAAGAAACCUCAACCAGAUGGCGUUUUAGACACUGAGCACUCUGCAGAAGCAACUGGACUUUGUUCUCUGUUCAGCCAAACAAAUGGCACUUGACCUUUGACUUAAUAAUUUGGCAUAUUUGCCAUUUAUUAUUGAUGGAAAUUUUAAUAGAGGAUUUUUAUAGCAUUGACGAAUCACCAAAUUAAAUGUUCCUCCAGUUAAAGCAAUUUACAGUUUGUGAAAGAAUGACAAAUGAAAUGUAUGAAAUGACCUAGAAUGUUUUAUUUUCCAUAGAUAUUACAUGUAACUUCUUGAAUAUAUAAGUUAUCCAAAUUAAAUGUUUCUCCAGAUAAUUUACAUUUUGUAAAAGAAUCACUAAUGAAAUGUAUGAAAUGAGCUACAAUUAUUUAUUUUCCAUAAAUAUAACAUGUAACUUCUUUAAUGCAUAUUAAAAGAAUCAAUAUAAUAAUGAAAUGAGCUG